AACUACAACAAAAAAUGAGUUAAGAGCCAACAGAGCCCAACUCCAGAGCGCAGUUUGUAUGAGUUUGGCGAGCUGACAGGUUGUGUGUGUGUUUGUGGCUCAAUUCAGCUCAGCUCAGCUCAGAUCGGAUCGGAACAGACACCAACGACGGAUUCGAAAUCGGAAUAGAGCUUACAACAAAAAAAAAAAAAAAGAAAAAAUAAUAAAAAAAAGUAAAAAGUACAACAAAAAAACACAGAAAAAGCCAGGCCCCAAGCGAUAAACCCGUCGGGUGCGUUGUUGUCGGCAAACUUUUUAAAACAGAAAACACCCAACAAAAAAAAACAUAAAAUAAAAUAAAAAAGAAAAAAACCCAUUGAAAAGACCAAGCAGCAGUGUCACCCACUCCCAUUCCCAAUCCCAUUCCUCCCCUAUCCAUCCUCCUAUCCCAAUUGACAGUACUCCCUAAGUCUUGACCACCCACUCACCUACCCAAUUAACUUACUACCCUCCACAAAGUGGGUGUUAAUAUACAGUGUGUCUUACUCUGUGUGUGUGUGUGUGUGGAAGUGCGUGUGUGUGUGUGUGUGUGUAUGUAGUGUAGUUGUUGCUGUCAAUGCGGCGACGACGACGUCGAAGCCGUUGCCGAUGCCGUUGCCACUGCUAAUGUCGCGACGCUCGACGCCAGCAAAUCAAACAAGUUUUUGGCCUCGUCAAUAAUCAAAUUAAUAAUACCAAUUGAUAUCUAAUAAGUACAACAACAACAAUAACAACAACAACAACAACAACAAAAAUUAAUAACCUAAAGUGAAACAACAACUAAGUCAAACCUGUUAAAAUGACCGUCUCCUAUGCUGGUGAAGUGCCAAAUGGCAGCAGCUUUGGAUGCUUUUGGAAAAUUCUAUGGAAAUGGCGUGGCAGUGUCUAUAAAUUAAUAUGGCGUGAAUUGGUAGCAUAUUUGUGUCUAUACUAUACCAUUAAUGUUGUCUAUAGAUUUGCUUUGACCAGCGGCCAGCAGGCAAUUUUCAACAAAAUACGACAAUAUUUUGGCCAACAAGGCGAAAGUAUACCCAUGUCCUUUGUCUUGGGCUUCUAUGUAAAUCUGGUAGUUAAACGUUGGUGGGAACAAUAUCGUCUAUUACCCUGGCCAGAUACGUUGGCCUUGUUCAUAAGUGCAGCGAUACCAAAUGGUGGAUUAAAUAACGAAACUGGACGCUUGAUGAGACGUAACAUUAUGCGGUAUAUGGUCCUGGCCUAUGUGAUAACUUUACAGAGAAUUUCGCUGCGUGUCAAGCGACGUUUUCCCACUACUCAGCAUUUGGUUGAUGCUGGUCUAAUGCACGAAUCGGAAAUGAAAAUCUUCGAGGCUUUAAAUCAAAAGAGUCCCAUGAGCAAAUAUUGGAUGCCACUGGUCUGGGCCACAAAUAUUAUCAAUCGUGCUCGCAAAGAUGGUCUUAUUGCAUCCGAUCAUAUUGUACAAACUAUAUUGGUCGAAUUGUCAGACAUACGUAGACGUUUGGGUGGCCUAAUUGGCUAUGAUACGGUCUGUGUACCUUUGGUUUAUACACAGGUGGUCACCCUGGUAUUGUAUACAUAUUUUAUAGCUGCUCUACUUGGCCGACAAAUGUUACCCAAUGUUCUUGAUCGCAAUGGACGUGAAGAUCCAGAUUUAUAUUUUCCCCUAUUUACCGUUUUGCAGUUUGUCUUCUAUGUUGGCUGGCUAAAAGUUGCCGAGGUGCUUAUCAAUCCCUUUGGCGAAGAUGACGAUGAUAUCGAAUUGAAUUGGUUAAUUGAUCGACAUAUUAAGGCUGCCUACAUGAUUGUCGAUGAAAUGCACGAGGAGCACCCGGAACUCCUACGUGAUCAAUAUUGGGAAUGUGUGGUGCCCAAAGAUUUGCCAUAUACGGUUGCCUCCGAGCACUAUAGACGCGAUGAGCCCAAAGGUUCCGCCGAGAAAUACAAAGUGAAGAAAGAAGACGCCACAUAUGCCAAUAUAAUGCCUGGCGGUGGCAAACGCAUGCUCAGCGAUGAUGUCUAUGCGGAUUAUGAGAGUGUCGAUACACCCAUGGUCGAGAGACGCAAAAAUAAUUGGCUAGUACGUCAAUUGUCACGCAUGGGAUCAAUGCGUAGCCAAUCGACUGCAUAUUCAUCUGGUGGCAUGCCCUUUAAUAGGAAUCGUUUGAAUUCCGUUUACUCUAGUCCCGAAUCAGGCUUGCCAUUAUCCAUUAUGCAGCAGCAACAGUUGCAGCAACAACACCAGCAACAACAGCAGCAGCAGCAACAACAACAGCAGCAACAACAGACAGGCUCACAGCAGAGCAAACCAAGUUUAUAUGAGAAAUUUGUACAUCGCAAAUCUCUCAGAGCCCAGCGUCAACUGAUCAAGCAGAAUUCUAAACUAAAUGGCCUGAAUGUGAAUGUGGCCAAGACCCGACCACGUAUACCCACACCUGAGGUGGCAAAAGAUGGCAGCAAUUUGACCGCCACCGGUGCAGUCAUAAUGUCACCACAACAGCUAGGCACGAACACACAAAGCACUUCUCCUGGCAUAUAUCCCUCUUAUACGGCAGCAGCUGGAGCACAGGAUAGUGGCCAAGUGCUAGGCACCUUGCUAUUGUCACCCAUUAAAGAGAUGGAUAGUUCAUCAUCGAAUAACACUCUGAUUCCAGGGCAUCCAUCGACAGCGGCAUUGGCUCAGGCGAUCCACAAGGAAGGCGGCGGAUUUACAGCAACUACGGUGCCAGCAGCAACAAAUAUAACAACACUAUCGUUUCCAUUCUCUGUGACCAGCAGCGGUGGCGAGUCCAUACCCACUGGGACUCUAAGUAUCUUACCGAUCACAGCCAAUGCACAAUUGCCAACGAUAACGACAACAUCGAGUGGCUAUGAUCCGAACGAUGUAUUGACCACCAUUCCCGUCUCAUUGUCCAUACAGCGAUCGCCAUCGGCCUUAUCCAUAGUCGAAUUGACUGGCGGUGGCGUUGGAAUUGAUGGGGGUCCGGAUGGCUAUAGCCACAGUGGCUCAAGUAAUAAUGGUGGUGGAAAUGGUGGCGGCAUUACCACAACAGCUUUACUCUCGGUUAAACCGCUCAAUGGCCAUUCCAAUAUCUCGAGGAAUAAUAGCUUCAAUUUGAGCCUAAAUCUUCAGGAUCCGCAUCAGCGGGCAGCCUCAGUGCGUUCGGCGGGGCCAAUGGCGGACACAGUGGACAAUUCGUCGACGAAUCCCUUGCCACGCAAGACCAGCAAGGAGGCAAGCAGUAGCACCACUGGCAACGGUGUGGCAACCGCCUCUUCGGCCCCCUCAACCAUGCCUAAGCAUAAACCCGAACCCAAAACGGGCGAGGUUUAUGUGUGACGUUGACGUCGAUGACGAUGAUGAUUGAUUAAUUGAUUGAUUGAUUGGUUCUUGUUUUUGCAUAUUGAACUUUUUGAUAGCUUUUUUUCUUGUUUUUUUUUUAUUCUUCUCUUAUUUUAAACAUAGAUUUAUUUAGAUAUAGAACAAAACCCCGGAACCAAUAAUACGAUAUUACAAAACAAACAAGAGAAAGAAAAUUUCGGACAUAUCGAAAUUUAUUUUUAUAUCCUUGCAGAAAAUAUUUCACAUUCUUCUUUCUGUAAAUAUAUCUAGCUGAUCCUAUAUAAAUGUAUGAUUCGAAACUAUUGAAUGAAAGGUGUCCUUAAGGAGAAGGGGUAGAAGAUCUCGCCAUCAGAUCGCUAGCUUGGAGGUACCCUGCCCCCAAGCACGAGUAAUUAUUUUAAUAAGUUCUUCGAGCAAUCGAGUAAUUCAUCUUGUCUUUACAGACAUCUAACACUGCAAGAAUUGUCAUAAAAGAUAUAAGUCCGAUAUAUUUCGAUCUCUCAAUCACAGAUGGAAAAUAGAGAUCGUAUGAAAGGAUCAUAUAAUUCCAUGUGUAUAUAUGUAGCUCCCUAAAAUAAGUAUAAAAGGAUAAAAACAUUUAUGAGAUAAUUUAACAAAGAAUUCUUGAAUAAUAUCACUAUUCAUAUAGUAUAUGUAGAUUCAAUCUCUGCAAGGAUAUAGAAUAUGACUUCCAUGUAUGUAUAGGUAUAUAUAAAUUAGUAGUGUGAUAGAAAUCAUGCGUGUAUUUGAAUCCUUUAAAUAUUUGAUAAUUUCUUUGCUCACUCUAGAUGAAUUGUGUAAAUGUAAAUCUCUAACAAAGAUUAUAUAUUUGUAUAUAUACAUAUCUAUUGACUUAGUGUUUUGUUUACCUUUAUUAUUAUAAUUAUUAUUUUUUUUUUUAAAUUGGCACUUGCCAUAUUAGUUUUAUUAGAAUCUCUAACAUAUAGGCAAAACCUACAUACUUACAAAAAUAUAGGUACAUUUACCCAAACACAAUAUGUGAUAUGCGAUUUUUUAGAGUUGUUUUUUUUUUU